UCCCUUCGCUGCCAGGUAGCUGCUGCGGCCCUGUCAGCCCGCCCGGCCCUUCGCUCUCCUCCUCCAGCCUCGCUGGCUGUCGCCCACGCUUGCCCUUUUCUUCCCCCUCGGUGCGCCGCAAACCUGCCGUAGUCCCGCCUGUUUUCGCGCUCCUUGUCUCCCACGAGCUUUCCCCCGGUUGCUCUUGCGUGGCUCCUCGGUUAACUGUUGGAAAAAUGCAAGGCAAUAAAGGCUUUAACAUGGAGAAGCAGAACCAUGCUCCAAGAAAACAGCAUCAGCAUCAACAACCACCUAUUCCUGCUAAUGGACAGCAGGUCAACAGCCAGAAGCGACUGUGUACCUUAUUCCCCUCAGAUGAAGGCCUCACUAUUGACCUGAAGAAUUUCCGGAAACCUGGUGAAAAGACAUUCACCCAGAGGAGCCGCCUCUUUGUGGGGAACCUGCCCCCAGAUAUUACUGAGGAGGAGAUGAGAAAGUUGUUUGAAAAGUAUGGGAAGGCAGGUGAAGUCUUCAUACACAAGGACAAAGGCUUUGGAUUUAUCAGGCUGGAAACUCGCACUCUAGCCGAGAUUGCAAAGGUAGAACUAGACAACAUGCCUCUCCGUGGGAAGCAACUAAGAGUGCGCUUUGCAUGCCACAGUGCAUCACUGACUGUCAGAAACCUGCCUCAAUUUGUGUCAAAUGAGCUCUUGGAGGAAGCCUUCUCUGUGUUCGGCCAGGUGGAAAGGGCUGUGGUUAUUGUGGAUGACAGAGGAAGAUCGUCUGGGAAAGGCAUUGUGGAGUUUUCAGGGAAACCUGCUGCUAGGAAAGCUCUGGACAGAUGUAGUGAAGGGUCUUUCCUGCUAACCACAUUCCCUCGGCCUGUCACCGUGGAGCCAAUGGAUCAGUAUGAUGAUGAGGAGGGACUGCCAGAGAAACUGGUCAUCAAAAACCAGCAGUUUCACAAGGAGCGUGAACAGCCUCCUAGGUUUGCACAGCCUGGCUCUUUUGAGUAUGAGUAUGCCAUGCGCUGGAAGGCUCUAAUAGAAAUGGAAAAGCAGCAGCAAGAACAGGUGGACCGCAACAUCAAGGAAGCAAGAGAGAAGCUGGAAAUGGAGAUGGAAGCAGCUCGCCAUGAGCACCAAGUUAUGCUCAUGAGGCAAGAUUUAAUGAGACGCCAGGAAGAACUAAGGAGAAUGGAGGAACUGCAUAACCAAGAAGUGCAGAAACGUAAACAGCUGGAGCUCAGGCAGGAGGAAGAACGCAGGCGCCGUGAGGAGGAGAUGAGGCGGCAGCAGGAGGAGAUGAUGAGACGCCAGCAAGAGGGCUUUAAAGGGAACUUUGCUGAUGCGAGGGAGCCACCGGAUAUGCGUAUGGGACAGAUGGGCAUGGGAGGUGCCAUAGGCAUGAACAAUAGAGGAGCUAUGGGUGCCACCCCUGUCCCAGCUGGCGCACCUCCUGCAGCUGGUCCUGGAGCUAUGAUGCCUGAUGGAGCCAUGGGAAUGGGUCCAGCGUGGUCCAGUUUGCUGAGAUGUCUGCAGACACAGCCAAGUCCCACCCACUGGUACAAGCACUGGUUCACCUCACUGCAGGGGCAGCAGGCGGGGUGGCAUGCGUGGUUAGUGGGCAGCCCUUUGACACAAUCAAGCUCUACCUGGGCUACUGUGAAAAAUAUCUUUCAAUCUGAGGGCCUGCUGGGAUUUUUCCAGGGCCUGACCAGUACUUGGCUACGGGAGGUGCCUGGCUACUUCUUCUUCUUUGGUGGCUAUGAAGUCAGUAGAAGCUUUUUCACCCAGGCUGGCCAGUGCAAGGAGGAUCUGGGUUCUCUUCCCCUAACAGUGAGCGGUGGGAUGGGGGGGGCCUGUUUCUGGCUGGCCGUCUAUCCCAUUGAUUCAGUGAAGUCUCGGAUACAGGUGCUUUCCAUGGCAGGGCGGCAAGAUGGCUUCCUGCUCUCCUUUCUUCAUAUCUUGAGGACAGAAGGUUUCACAGCUCUUUACUGUGGACUGAUGCCCACAGUGAUACGCGCACUCCCCUCCAACGGCGCCCUCUUCCUAGCCUAUGAAAUGACAAGGAAAAAGCUAACUGGCCUGCUUGAUAGGACACCCUGAGGUCAGAGGUCAAGGCCUGAUUUGGAAGUGAUGACAGUGGAAUGUUCGAGGAAGCUCCAGAGAGUAUGCUCCCAUGCUGGAUUUCGUGAGAACCUGUAUGAAAUGCUUUACUGAAGUCCAGAUAUGCUCCCUUUGUACACUGACAUCUGCAUAUCCAGCAGUAGCCAGCACCUUCCUCCUAGCAGCCACCUCUAUUCACUGGAUCUGACAUAUCAGUUCUGAUACUUAAGGCACUUGGGACCCUCCAGAAUGUAUUUUCCUUUGGUUUGGUGAAAGCCUUUGGUUAUUUCUGUAACUUUUGGAUUGUCUGGACCCUUCAGUUCAGGGCAACUGCACCAGUAUUUCCCCUCUGUGGUCCACCAAGGGAUCCACUCUAGGCUCCCAGAUCAUCAUCUGUCACCUCUCUUGGGUGGAAAUUCAUGUCUCUCUCCCUCCUGAUGAGUUUUUUUCCAGGCUACACAGUUCCUUGCGUACACUGUGAUAUUCCCAGCAAACGAGACUUCCUAAACUGUAUCUGUGCUUUGGUUCUUCUCCUGAGGCUGUGAACGGAGUAAUUAUCAGCAAUCACCAGUCACCACACAGCUCUUUCUAAGCAAGCACAUUUAUCCUUAAGGUGAAAGCAUUACAGAGAAAACAAUAAAAAACCCUCACACAUUCCAAACGCUCAACGGAGGUCCUCCGACUCCAGCCGCAAGUUCUGGUGGGCAUCAGUCCUUCAGAACCCACAAGGCUGCAAGUUCAUGGCUGUAUCAAAUUCUGAACCAGAACGACCAGCUGGGCGGUUCAUCUGUUUCUUUAUACAGCUUAGGCCUUUGAUCUCCAAUCUUCAGGAACAGGUAACCAGCAGACAAAGACCUGCCCCUCAGGGCAUAGCUUCAAAAAGGCAGGGUUUUUGCCUAACCAGAAGUGGGCAGUUUGCAUUAACCACCCCUCCCGCCACCUUUCAGGUACUCCCCAGGAAAUCCACUUAAUGCUUAUUGUCUAUUCUUGUCCAAAAGUUCAUUCUUGUCUGGCAUGUUUUCAGUGGUAGUCCUUUGAACUUGCAGCCCUCAGAUCACAUCUCCCCCCUGGAGAGGUGCAAUGGGGUGUGUACCCCACACAGGCCAUGAAUGGGUUAAUGUGGGCCUGACUGAUGAUGGAGCACAGUUGGGGAGGGGCUGGGUGGUGCUUAUAAAGCCAGGAAGUUUGCAGCAGAAAGGGGUUGCUGGAGAGAGUCUGCAGUCACUAGGUGGGGUAUAGAAGAAGUAGGAAGUGGUCCAGGGGGGCAGCAAGGACUCUGAGGAAUCCUUGGCUGCCAGCUAGCAGGUCCUGGGCUAGCUGGUCCAUCUAGCGGGUCCUCAAAAGGUAAUAACAAAAUGUUUUUUAAGUACAUCAGAAGCAGAAAGCCUGCUAAACAACCUGUGGGGCCCCUGGAUGAUUGAGAAACGAAAGGAGCACUUAAAGACGAUAAAGUCAUAGUGGAGAAACUAAAUGAAUUCUUUGCUUCAGUCUUCACGGCUGAGGAUGUUAGGGAGAUUCCCAAACCUGAGCCGUCUUUUGUAGGUGACAAAUCAGGAAUUGUCACAGAUUGAAGUGUCACUAGAGGAGGUUUUGGAAUUAAUUGAGCAACUUAACAGUAACAAGUCACCAGGACCAGAUGGCAUUCACCCAAGAGUUCUGAAAGAACUCAAAGGUGAAAUUGUGCAACUAUUAACUAUGGUUUGUAACCUGUCCUUUAAAUCAGCUACUGUACCCAAUGACUGGAAGAUAGGUAAUGUAACGCCAAUAUUUAAGAAGGGCUCUAGAGGUGCUCCUAGCAAUUACAGACCGGAAAGUCUAACGUCAGUACCGGGCAAAUUAGUUGAAACAAUAGUAAAGAAUAAAAUUGUCAGACACAUAGAAGAACAUAAAUUGUUACGCGAAAGUCAAUAUGGUUUCUGUAAAGGGAGAUCAGGUCUUACUAAUCUAUUAGAGUUCUUUGAGGGGGUCAACAAACAUGUGGACAAGGGGGAUCCAGUGGACAUAGUGUACUUAGAUUUCCAGAAAGCCUUUGACAAGGUCCUUCACCAAAGGCUCUUACGUAAAUUAAGUUGUCAUGGGAUAAGAAGGAAGAUCCUUUCAUGGAUUGAGAACUGGUUAAAAAAAAGACAGGGAACAAAGGGUAGGAAUAAAUGGUAAAUUUUCAGAAUGGAGAGGGGUAACUAGUGGUGUUCCCCAAGGGUCAGUCCUAGGACCAAUCCUAUUCAACUUAUUCAUAAAUGAUACGGAGAAAGGGGUAAACAGCGAGGUGGCAAAGUUUGCAGAUGAUACUAAACUGCUCAAGAUAGUCGAGACCAAAGCGGACUGUGAAGAACUUCAAAAAGAUCUCACAAAACUAAGUGCUUGGGCAACAAAAUGACAAAUGAAAUUUAAUGUGGAUAAAUGUAAAGUAAUGCACAUUGGAAAAAAUAACCCCAACUACACAUACAAUAUGAUGGGGGCUAAUUUAGCUACAACUAAUCAGGAGAAAGAUCUUGGAGUCAUCAUGGAUAGUUCUCUAAAGACGUCCACGCAGUGUGCAGCGGCAGUCAAAAAAGCAAACGGGAUGUUAGGAAUAAUUAAAAAAGGGAUAGAGAAUAAGACGGAGAAUAUCUUAUUGCCCUUAUACAAAUCCAUGGUACGCCCACAUCUUGAAUACUGCAUACAGAUGUGGUCCCCUCAUCUCAAAAAAGAUAGACUGGCAUUGGAAAAGGUUCAGAAAAGGGCAACUAAAAUGAUUAGGGGUUUGGAACGGGUUCCAUAUGAGGAGAGAUUAAAGAGGCUAGGACUUUUCAGCUUGGAAAAGAGGAGACUAAGGGGGGAUAUGAUAGAGGUCUAUAGUAUCAUGAGUGGUGUGGAGAAAGUGAAUAUGGAAAAGUUAUUUACUUGUUCCCAUAAUAUAAGAACUCGGGGCCGCCAAAUGAAAUUAAUGGGCAGCAGGUUUAAAACAAAUAAAAGGAAGUUCUUCUUCACUCAGCGCACAGUCAACCUGUGGAACUCCUUGCCUGAGGAGGUUGUGAAGGCUAGGACUAUAACAGGGUUUGAGAGAGAACUGGAUAAAUUCAUGGAGGUUAAGUCCAUUAAUGGCUAUUAGCCAGGAUGGGUAAGGAAUGGUGUCCCUAACCUCUGUUUGUCAGAGGGUGGAGAUGGAUGGCAGGAGAGAGAUCACUAGAUCAUUACCUGUUAGGUUCACUCCCUCUGGGGCACCUGGCAUUGUCCACUAUUGGUAGACAGGAUACUGGGCUGAUGGACCUUUGGUCUGACCCAGUAUAGCCAUUCUGAUGUUCUUAACCCAGAGUAGAGGGUAGGCCUGGGUUCCCCUACCAGUCACUGAGGAAGGUGGGGUGAAACCCUGUGAGGUAAGGGUAUAAAGAGCUCAGAGGCAGACAGAAGACCUGCUGUAAGGUCAUUGGACGCUAUGUUACCCCAGAAGGGGUGGACUAAAGCAUGACCUGUCCAGAGGGACAAGUUAUGCAGAGAGAGAACACUGCAGUCAUAGAGCAGGCAUUAGCAGGGGAUGCCAUAUGAACCCUUUACAAGAGGUUACAUACAAUCCUGGCCCACAAUAAUACAUAAACUUUGCGUUUAAUACAAUGAACCCCAAAGAUACUUACACUGAAUUCAGUGAGGUCUCCCAAGCACAUGCUGGACACUGUCCUCUCUAUCACAGCACAUUCCAUCCAUGCUGGAUUUCACAAGACCCUGUCUAAGGUGCUUUGCUAAAGUCCAGCUGGUGCCUUUGGACAGUGACAUCUGUGUAUCUAGCAAUAGCUGGCACCUUCCUCCCCCAGCCUCCUUAGUCAUUGGAACAGCUGUGUCACUCUGGAGGCUCAAUGCAUGUGCUUGGGACCUUCUGGAAUGUCUCUUCCCUUGGUUUGCUAGAAAUCUUUGGUUCUUUCUGUAACAUUUGGAUUAUCUGAACCCUGCCUUGUCCUUGGCCAAAUAUUUCCAUACACCAAGGUUGAGACUUAGAAUCACUUACUGCAAAUAUUCUUUUCCCUCUUAGUGAAGUUCAGGAUACUUAAAUGUAUUGCCUCCUCCUUGUCACUGUGUAAGGAAUUAAAAGUAGGGAUAUGAUUAGAAAAUGUUUAUGUAAAAGUAGCACCUGCUGAAGCCCUGUUCUAAUACGACCUGGCACACACCUGCACUCGGAUUGAAACUGGCCUUUAAACAUGUCAUUUGAACUGUUUGUCUGCUAGUCUAAGGAUGUUCCUCUAUCCCCAACCCAAUGACACUGUACAUGCAAUAAAAAACACCAACCUUU